CAAAUCGUUGAGCGAGCCCGCCCUCGCCGGCCCCAGCUCCCUCGGCGGCUCCUCCUGGUGGUAGCUGCUCGGCCGGGGGCGCGCGCCGCGCCUCGCCGGCUCCAGCGUGAUCUGCAGCCGGCUCUGCGCCGGCACGCGCGGCGCCCCGCCCGCCGUCGGCGACCGCACCGUCAAAUUCACGCUGGUGAUGCCCCUCGGCUCCGGGCUGCGCCGCGUCCACGGUUGCGUGAACUCGAUGGUGGGCGCCAUGCGGUUCCGCACCACGUCCACCGAGCAGUUCACGUUGACGUGGAGCCCGGACAGCGGCCGGUCCGCCGCCAUUAGAGUGUCCGUGGUUUGGGUGGGCGUCGAGCAGGUCUCCCGCUUGCUGGCGUCCGGUUUGGCGACGGGCGCCGGUUUGAGCGGGAGCCGUUUCGCGGUCGACGGCGACCGCGGCGGUUUCUCGCUCAAUUCGUCGUUGAGCCACGCGCGAACGUCUUUGCGCUUGUCCGACGCGAGGCGGUCGUCGGCGAUCGGUUGGGGCCGGAUGUCGAGCCGGUCGGGGCGCUUGGCGACCGAUCGCGGCGGCUCCGGCUGCUUGGCGGGGCGUCCCGUCGGGGCCGGAGCGCCGUCGGCCAGCGCCUUCGCCAGUAUGUCGGCGAUGGUGGUCUCUUGGUGGUUCGAUUGGAUGUAGGUGGUUAUGCAGGAGGUGACGACGUGGUCGGGAAUGGUCGGGAAUUGCUGUUUGAGUUCAUGGAACAGUUGCAUAACUCUGACGUUUGACGACUGUCGCUUAUUCCCGGCAAACAUGGCCGGCCAUUAUGGUUCAACUGGAAACAAAAAUAAAAAGUUAUAAAUUCUGAAUAGUUGAGGUUAGGAAGCAAUUAGAAAAACAAGAAAUAGUAAAAUUUUCACAUAAUUUCAUCAACUAGCUUCCAUCUAAUGACAAUGGAGUCACCAUUAGCCGAACAAAAGCCCAGAAUCGUCCUGCAGGAAUAUAAACUCGCGCAGACCGCCCCCAUUGCGAAGGACCACUUCACCGUCAAAUCCUUUAAAAAGAGCUUCAAAAUCGUAAUAAUUCGCAAUGAGCAGAACGAAAUGGAGUUCGACAUGAUCGGCAUCCAUCCGUUCCUAGUAAACGCCUUUCGGAGGCUCAUUUUAAGCGACGUGCCCACCAUGAGCAUCGAGAAAGUGUACAUCAGCAACAACACCUCAGUGAUCCAGGACGAGGUGCUCGCCCAUCGUCUGGGGCUGGUGCCCCUAAAAGCGGAUCCGAGAUUGUUCGACUACAAGGAAGAUGCUUCCGCGGAGUCCAACGAGAACGAUUCAUUGGAGUUCGAGUUGAAAAUUAAGUGUACUUACAAUAAAGAAGCCAACAAGAAAGAUUCAUCGAGAGCCGAAGAUAUGUACAAAAAUAACAAUGUUUAUUCGAGGCAUAUCAAAUGGUUGCCGGUAGGAAACCAGAAGGAGAGAUUUAAAGAAUCCGAAGUGGGGCCCAUCGACGAUAACAUUCUACUGGCUAAAAUGCGGCCUGGUCACGAACUGGAUUUAAAACUGGUGGCUGUAAAGGGUUGCGGACGAGACCAUGCCAAAUUCUCGCCCGUCGCCACUGUCUUUUAUAGACUACUCCCCGAUGUGAAGCUAACGAGGCCGGUCGAAGGCGAGGCGGCUUUGAGGCUGCAGAGCUGCUUCUCGCCCGGCGUGAUCGGCAUUAGACACGAAAAAGACGGCAAAAGAGUGGCCUAUGUAGAUAAUGCCAGAUACGAUACAUGUAGCAGGAAUGCAUUCAGACAUGAUGACAUCAAAGAUGCUGUAGUAGCCACUAAAAUACCUGACCAUUUCGUCUUUACGAUUGAAUCAGUGGGUGCUUUGCGACCGGACGUAAUAUUCACAGAGGCCAUUACAAUAUUGAAAAAUAAAUGCGCUGCUUUAUUAGAGGAACUGGAAUCUACAGGUUAAGAAUUAAAGCGUUUUUUUUUUAAGAAAAGAUAUUUCAUUUCGACUCUUCGCACUAUUAAAAAAACACGAAACACCUUUUAUCCUUACUUUAAUCAUUCAUUUCAAAAACUAACAAAUUUAAGCGAUAAAUUCGUACGGGAUAGGUGCUAAAAGUUGAGCGCCGGCCUUUCCGCUCACGAUGUGCGCCUGCCUGGGCUGGGCGGGGAGCCUCUUCAAUUCCACUCUUACGUUUUCUUCUUUAGCCUUCUUACGCAGCAACUCGUUCGAUUUGACUCGCUGGAGGAAGUCCUCCCUGCACUUCGAGUGAUUGACGUGCUCGAUGCGGAUGUUUAUCCUCUUGGGGAUUAUCCUUCCGCGUACCCUCUCUUGUUUACGAUUACUCCCAAAGCGUGUGCGGUGACGUUGAAAACCCUGCCGGUUUUGCCGUGGUACACUUUGUGGGGCAUGCCCUUUUGGACGGCACCGUUGCCUUUAAUGUCGACGAUGUCGCCUACUUUGUAUACCUUCAAAUACGUCGAAAGGGGUAUUACUCCGUGCUUUUUGAACCUCCUGGCGAACAGGUCCCUCGUUCCUCGACGGUAACCUUUGGAAUUCGUCAUGUUUGUGAAUAAAUACCUGCAACAAUUCCGCGAUUGAGGUUAGGAGAGCACAUGGUCGAGACGAAUGUCUUGUUGACGUUGUUAGGCGUUAAUAAAAGGGCUGUACAGUUGUUAUUUCAGUACGAAAGUGUUGUAAUGGAUGAGAUGGAUAGGUUUGUGCGUAAAAAUUCAUGAUUUUCGGUAAAAUUUAACUCACCUUACUUACUUUCGUAUAAAUC